AUGGAAGGACGCUCCGCUGGUACGGCAAAAAAAAAAGCCCCUUCGUCCUUAGAAGCCCCUGAGGUAGCAGCUGUAGCCUAUUGCAGGAAGGGGGGCCAUCUCUGUGAAAAAUCGUGCUUCAAGGGGCCGACCGACAUGUACGGUAGUAAAAUGCACACGUGGCUGGGGCAUGGAAAAAUCGAGAGAGAUGGGAAGUUAAUGAUGUAUCCCUCUUUGAAGGGAAGUGCAUUGUUAAGGGCAUGCUGA